AUGGCAUCAAAAAACCCCCGUCACAAAGAUACGAAUCUCUUAAGGGGGGUGAACCCCAAAUUCCUAAGUAAUGUGCGCUUUACCAAGAGGCACAACAAGAAAGGCCUGAAGAAGAUGCAGGCAAAUAGCGCAAAGGCCAUGAGUGCGCGAGCAGACGCCAUCAAGGCCCUUAUGAAGCCUGCAGCCGUUAAGCCCAAGAUGCCAAAGGGCCCCAGCCACAAACUCAGCCGUCUGGCUUUCGUCGCUCACCCCAAGCUUGGGAAGCCGAUUCAAAGCUACAUGGCCAAGGGCCGUAGGCUCUGCCAACCAAAGCCCAAGAUCCAAACCAAGAUGGAGGCUCCAGCUCCAGCUAAGGCCAGGCUUCAACCUAGCUCAGGCUCUCAAAAGUGA